AUGCCGAUCACUCGUUCGCAAGGAAGGGGAACCAUGGCGUGGACUGUCGGUCUGGAUGAUGGACCGUCGGACAAUACCGACACCGUCCGCCACCAGAUGCCACCACGCUCACCAUCCACAACAGAAGGCGCUGAGGCGCCAGCUUGCCCCCGCGAUGGGGGGGUACUCCUGCCUGUGCCAGCCGUUGUUAAAGCCGGUACACCGAAGCAGAGAGAACAGAUAGCUUGCCCCUGCGAUGGGGGGGUACACCUGCCAGUGCCAGCCGUUGUUAAAGCUGGUACACCGAAGCAGAGGAAACAAAUAGAAGGCAACGAUGACAUUCGCUGUGCAUCACCGCCAACAGCCCGGGUAUAUUCCCGCGCCGAAGAGCCACCAAGGGGCCACACCGAUAAAAGUACAAGGUCAAAGAAGACCACUCGGCCCAGUAAAAAGGUUUUGAAGGCUCGUGAGGAAGUGCUGAGAAUAAAAUUGGAACUCGCACAGAUCUCAUUACAAAUGGCUGAAGAAGAUGAUGAAUCGGACGACUAUGAUGAGGAUGGUCACUCCAAAAGUGAGUAUGUCCGAUCUUGGCUCGAAAAUUCUGUAGCCAAACAAAAGCCAACGCAAGGCGCAACCACCGGUGGGGAGGCCCCACUUAAUAAAAACAUCACAAAGCCACCCCCGGAGGUUGUCGACCUCAGUGAGCCGCCGAUGAAGCUCACAAACAAGGAUUCGAAGGUUGAUGAAGAAAGGGAGCUCCUACCUGCUGUAUCAGAGCUCACCUACCAGGAUCCCAAUGCUGAAAAUAUACCGAAGAGUCCCGUACCUCAGAAGGCUUGCCAGGACUCCAAGGUUGAUGAAGACAGGGGGCUCCUACCUGCUGUAUCAGAGCCCGCCUACCAGGAUCCCCAACCGGAAGAAGCAACCAAGAAUCCCAUAAUAAAAAGACCUAACCAGGCAUCUGUCAGCAAUGAAGACAGGGUGCUCCGACCAUUCAUAUCGGAGCUCACGUCCGCUAUAGCCGCACUCGCUGAUAAACCAAAACCAGAGAGUGCAUCGUCAAAUACUUUCGCAACAUCAAAAGCGAUAAUGACACUGCCGAGCUUUAGCGGAGCACAUACUGAAUGGCUUUCGUUCCGUGCCAUUUAUGAAACAACCCGAGGCUACUUCAAUGACAUAGAAAAUACUGCUAGACUACGAAGAAGUCUACAAGGAAGAGCCUUGGAAACAGUUAGUUCGGAACUCAUCGGGCAUGCUAAACCAGAUGAGAUUAUGCGAGAACUGGAGCUACAAUUUGGGCGUCCAGAUUCAAUCGCGCAAGCAGAAACCGAUAAAUUACGGGGAUUGCCACGCUGUACAGAGGCACCCAGAGAUAUUUGUACAUUCGCGAGCAAAGUGAGGGGAAGCGUCGUCACACUUCGAGCACUCAAGCGAGACCAUUACCUCGUUAACGCAGAGCUGCUACGACACCUCACAGACAAACUGCCAAACUCUAUACGCGCGCAGUGGUAUAGAAUUUAUACAGAAAAGUAUGACUCAAGACCAGACCUCGGUUCCUUCAGUGAAUUUAUCACCGAACAAGCUCGCUACUGUAGUGCAUUUGCGCCUCCUGAGAUCAUAAGCGGAGCGCAAAAUAAUCGUCCAGUGCAUAGGACGCACACGGCUACCACUAAGCCGUCUCCGAAAUGCAGUGUGUGCGAAAAAGAGGGUCAUUACGGAUCCGACUGCAACAAGUUUAAAGAGGCAGAUAUUGAUAAAAGAUGGCAACUCGCCAAGCAAAGGAAUUUAUGUUUCCGGUGUCUGCGUUAUAGAAGUCAGACACACAGAUGCAAAACCACGAAGUGUGGAAUAAAAGGAUGCAACGCGACACACAAUCGACUCCUUCAUAAUAAUAGAAAGGAAAAGACAGAGGGCCCACUAAAAGAACCUCAAGAGACAGUGGCAAACUCAUUCGCUGUAUCAAAGCAUCAAGCUUACUUGAAGAUAAUUCCAGUUCGAGUAAUUGGACCGGCGGGAGCAAUAAACACACACGCUCUGCUGGAUGAUGGGUCGACAGUCUCGUUAAUGGAUCAAGAGAUUGCCGAUCAAAUUGGAGCUAAAGGGCGGUUGGACCCAUUCAAGAUCACAGCUAUCGGGAACACUACCCUCGAUUCGCCGGACUCCCAAAGAGUCAAAGUGUCACUAAAAAGUCUCCAUAGAAAAAGGGUGCCAUUCAGAGCACGCACGGUCGCCAGCCUAAACUUGGGGCCGCAGACUGAUCCUGAUAGGACAAGACAACUGGAGACUCUUAAUAGCCACACAAGUACGCAGAGGUCCACCGCACCAGCCAAUAGCCUCGCUCACAGAACUGGGAUGGGUGCUACACGGGGCGCACACUAA